UGAGCGCGAAGGAGGAGGUCUUAUCUGUCCUGCGUGUCUUCAUCCGUCACUGGGACGCACUCGGACCGACUUCACGUCCACGCCGCGCCGGACCAGGAAUAACUCGUGCAAGGAGACGCUCGGAAGGAACAGAACCCCCCGCAAGAACCGAAACUGAGCCGCUCUUCCGUCCCGCACUCGUCAGUGCAGCUCCGACUCCCCGAGGACUUAAGUUGGCCAUGAAGACCGGAAUGGACUGACUUUACUUGGCCGGGAUAAACACGACCUUGACGCGCUCAAGUCUCCCGCUGAGACGACAAGAGAGCAGGUGAUGUCGAUAAAGUUUGCGGUCCUCCAAAAGUGAGAAGACGGCGCUGGAGUUGUUCAAGAGUCUUCAUUAAUGAUGUCUUCCAUGCGAGUGUCGCCUCCCUUUCGCGCUCCAUCCGAGGAAGCGGACGACGACGACAACAACGCUGCCUGGGUGGACGACGAGGGUCCCAGGGAGACCACGUCGCCCUCUCCUCCCGACCAGCCCCGCCCCCUGGACGAGCUGCAGCCAAUCAGGGAGAAGCGAGGGGCCGCGGACUCGUGGGAGGAUGUCGGCUCUUCCACCAUGGACCACGACGGCGCUAAAGGAUGCUCCGCCUACUCCUACCGGGCCAACUCCGCCUCCCCGCCCAAGCCGGAGGAGUGUUCCCGGGGGGAUCGCGGCGAGCAGACUGUGUCGGGCGCCACCUUCGGCACGCCGGAACGCCGCAAAGGGAGCCUGGCGGACGUGGUGGACACGUUGAAACAGAAGAAGCUGGUGGAGAUGACCAAGACGGAGCAAGACGAGCCGUCCUGCAUGGAGAGACUGCUCUCCAAGGAAUGGAAAGAACGCGUCGAUCGACUCAACGCCACUGAGCUGCUGGGUGAGGUCAAAGGGACGUCAGAGUCGCUGGAGGACAAGGAGCGGCAGCUUUCCGCCAUGAUCGGCCAGCUGAUCAGCCUGCGCGAGCAACUCCUCUCUGCCCACGACGAGCAGAAGAAGAUGGCCGCCUCGCAGCUGGAGAAGCAGAGGCAGCAGAUGGAGCUCGCCAGGCAGCAGCAGGAGCAGAUUAGCAGACAGCAGCAGCAACUCCUGCAGCAGCAACACAAGAUCAACGUUCUCCAACAACAGAUCCAGGUCCAAGGGCACAUGCCCCCCCUCAUGAUCCCCGUGUUUCCUCACGACCAGAGAUCUUUGGUGGCUGCCGCCGCCGCACAGCAAGGUUUCCUCUUCCCACAAGGCAUGUCCUACAAACCAGGUGACAACUACCCCAUGCAGUUCAUUCCUUCAACAAUGGCGGCCGCUGCGGCUUCUGGACUCAGUCCACUUCAACUACAGCAGUUGUACGCCGCCCAGCUAGCAAGCAUGCAGAUUUCGCCAGGGGCCAAGAUGGCGCCACUCCCGCAGGGGCCCAACGCCUCGGGCCCCCUGUCGCCUUCCGCCCUCAAGAGCGAAAAGAAAGCGUCCAGUCCUGUCGCUCAAGUCAAGGAGGAAGGAUCCACACAACCUCUCAACCUCUCAGCCCGACCGAAGACAGGCGAGCCUCUGCGCUCGCCAACAUCGCCUACUCAGACCAUGUUCUUCGGCAACAAGACCAGCCCCACCGGGGGAGGCAAGGCCCGGGUCCCCAGCCCCGUGACCUCCAUGGGCCGCAACGCAUCCCUAGACAUCUUGUCCAGCCUGAACUCCACGGCUCUCUUCGGGGACCAGGACGCCGUGAUGAAGGCCAUCCAGGAGGCCAGGAACAUGAGGGAGCAGAUCCAGAGAGAGCAGCUGCACCACCACCCGCAGCACCAGCCUCCCUCUCAUCUUCAUCACCACCACCAUCAUCAUCCUCCUCCCUCCGCAGCGCCUCCCGGUCACCAAAGUCUGGAGGCCAAACUGUCGGCGCUGAGCAGCAUGAGCCUCAACAACGGCAACAAGGAGCGUCUGCACUACGAAUCGCUGAGUCAUCACUUGGGCAAACUGGGCGAGGAUGCGGGCAAGAUGGUCCAUCGAGUCAUCGACCUGACCAGGCCAGAGGAUCUGGAUGGUGGAAGCAGCAUCACGGAGGCGCGAGUGUUCCGGGAGGCGCGGGGCAGGAACAACAGCGAGCCGCACAUCAAGAGGCCCAUGAACGCCUUCAUGGUCUGGGCCAAAGACGAGCGGAGGAAGAUCCUGCAGACCUUCCCUGACAUGCACAACUCCAACAUCAGCAAGAUCCUAGGUUCUCGCUGGAAAGCUAUGACCAACCAGGAGAAGCAGCCGUACUACGAGGAGCAGGCCCGCCUCAGCAAGAUCCACUUGGAGAAGUACCCCAACUACAAGUACAAGCCGCGGCCCAAGAGGACGUGCAUCAUCGACGGCAAGAAGCUGCGCAUCGGCGAGUACAAGCAGAUGAUGCGCUCUCGACGCCAGGAGAUGAGACAGUUCUUUGUUGGCCCCCAGGCUCCAAUCCCCCUGGGCAACAGCGCGGGCGGCGUGGGCGUCUACCCGGGCGGCAUCACCAUGGCGACGACGGCCACGCCCUCCCCCCACCUGACCUCGGACUGCUCCAGCAACUCUGCCAGCCCCGAGCCGGCCGCGCCCGUCAUCCAGGCCGCGUACGGCGUGGUCAAGGCCGAGCCCGUCGGCGUGGGCAACAACGGCGCCACCGCCGACGACGACACGGACAUGUACGAGGACUUCGAGGACGAGCCCAAGUCGGACUACAGCAGCGAGCACGAGACGCGGGAGGACAUCGGCGCCAACUGAGCGCGCUCACAAAACAAACCGUCUUCGUCAGACGGCCCGACGGUGACCUCGGACCCGCCGAGACGAGCCGGUCACGAUCUGAGGAGUCGGCAACUUUUUAUUAUCUCCGUGUUUUUACUUCUCGUCUUUGAUUUUCUGCCGCCCGUACAAACUCUGGACUGGCACGACUUGAAAUGACUUGAAAAGUUUGAAUAUCAAAUCUUUUAGUCUUACGUUCGUUUCUCGACAAACUACGGUGGCUGACAGGGACCAACACGCAGCUGCGGCCGAGCGCUCCAAACUCAAAAAUGAUUGAAAAGCAAAAAAAAAAACUAAAAAAUGCUGCAAGUCAAGGAGCAAAAACGAAAGCGAGUUAGGCUACCCGGAAGUUAACAAGGCUACCAGGAAGUUAGCCUCGCUAACCUUCUGGUAGCCUAGCUACCAGAAAGUUAGCUAGGCUACCAGGAAGUUAGCCAGGCUACCAGAAGGUUAGCUAGGCUACUAGGGAGUGAGCCAGGCUACCAGGAAGUUAGCUAAGCUACCAUAAGGUUAGCAAGGCUACCAGGAAGUUAGCCAGGCGACCAGAUGUUUAGCUAGGCUACUAUAAAGUUAGCCAGUUCUACCAGGAAGGUUACCAGAAGGUUAGUUAGGCUACCCGGAAGUUAGCCAGGCUACCAUUAAGUUAGCAAGGCUACCAGGAGGUUAGCUAGGCUACCAGAAGGAUAGCUAGGUUACCAGGAAAUUAGCCAGGCUACCAGACGGUUAGCUAGGCUACCAGAAGGUUAGGUAGGCCACCAGGGAGUGAGCCAGGUUACUAGAAAGUUAGCCAGCUCUACCAUGAAGUUAGCAAGGCUACCAGAAUGUUAGCUAGGCUAUCAGAAGGUUAGCUAGGCUACCAGGAAGUUAGCAAGACUACCAGAAGGUUAGUUAGCCUACCAGGAAAUUAGCCAUGUUACCAAGAAGUUAGCAAGACUACCAGGAAGUCAGCCAGGCUACCAGAAGGUUAGCGAGGCUACCAGGAAGUUAGCCAGGCUACCAAGAAGUUAGCUAGGCUACCAGAAGGUUAGCUAGGCUACCAGGGAGUGAGCCAGGUUACUAGAAAGUGAGCCAGCUCUACCAAGAAGUUAGCGAGGCUACCAAGAAGUUAACAAGGCUACCAGAAGGUUAGUAAGGCUACCAGGAAGUUAACCAGGCUACCAUGAAGUUAGCAAGGCUACCAGAAGGUUAGCUAGGCUAUCAGAAGUUUAGCUAGGCUACCAGGAAGUUAGCAAGACUACCAGAAGGUUAGUUAGGCUACCAGGAAAUUAGCCAUGUUACCAAGAAGUUAGCAAGGCUACCAGGAGGUUAGUUAGACUACCAGGUAGUCUACCUGGUAGUCUAACUAGACUACCAGGAAAUAAGCCAUGCUACCAAGAAGUUAGCAAGGCUACCAGGAGGUUAGCUAGGCUACCAGGAAGUUAGCAAGACUACCAGGAAAUUAGUUAGACUACCAGGUAGUCUACAUAGUAGUCUAAUUAGACUACCAGGAAAUUAGCCAUGCUACCCGGAAGUUAGCCAGCUCUACCAGGAAGUUAGCUAGGCUACCAGAAGGUUAGCUAAGCUACCAGGAAGUUAGCCAGGCUACUAGAGAGUUAGCCAGCUCUACCAGGAAGUUAGCUAGGCUACCAAAAGGUUAGUUAGGCUACCCGGAAGUUAGCGUGAAAGCAAGCUUAUUUAGUAACCGCCAAUAUGUCACCCACAGUCAAAGCUAAGAUGACGGCAACUUCAAAUUGAAUAAUGACUUAUGUCAUUAAAUAUUUCUUCUAAUUGUAAAAUAUACGUAAGAUAUAUUAAAUAUUUUUGGAAAAUAGGGACUGGAAGCUGCAGACUUUUUGACGCAUACAUUCAAGUUUCGGGCAGCUCAGUAAAUUGGGCGCUGACGUAAGAGUGUCAGGAAGUUAGCCAGGUUACUAGAAAGUUAGCCAGGCUACUAGGAAGUUAGCCAGGCUACUAGGAAGUUAGCCAGGCUACUAGAAAGUUAGCCAGGCUACUAGAAAGUUAGCACAACCUUAAAGUCACGAGAAAAAGGCUCGGAAUAAUGAAAAAGUAAAAUACUAAAAUACUACACAACAUUUUUGUCUUAAUUUCUUUAAAGACAUUUAGCUCUCGGGUGUAGCUAACUUCCUGCUAGCACGGCUAACUUCCAUUUUCUUCCAUUCCUCUCACGCAUUUCUUUUUAAUCAUGCAGUGUUGGCAGCGUUUUUUGUUGUUCAAUUUGUUUAACGUCUUUUUGUUUUCUGGAUCAAUUGUGUGUUUGGACAAUUUGGACGUUGCUGCGGGGUUGCUUCAGUCGGCCAAACAAACAAACAAACAAACAAACA